CGUCUUUUUCUCUUUACCUCCUACUAAAUGUCUUUUAUGGAUUUGUGCUCAAUCUCACUUUUAAUCUGUCAUAAGGGGUUAAUAGGGGGGUUAUGUUUGUUUGAUUUAGGAUGGCCAGCACUGCUGCCCCCCGCCCAUGGUCACACAGGGGGAUUAUGGCGUCACCUGAGGCCCCGAGGGGGCUAUUAUAAAGCCCUUGUCUGGCCCUCGCCCCUCCAUCAGAGGCCCACCAGACACUUUGUCUAUCCCUGUCUCUACUUUAGAAACACCCCUUUAGCCUUGAUGCCUAGCUCCUCUUGACAACUCAUCCCACCUGAGAUCUGCACCCGCACUCCUACAUAAUCUCACACCUGUGUCUUUGCUACAGGUGGACAGAGGUAACAAGCUGUGCUGACUUCACUAGCCCAGAUCACAGCUUGGUAAAAACCCAUCGAGUGGAUUCGUCUUUGACUCACUGGGUGUACUUAGUCAGCCAGGUUAGCUGACUACAAAAGAGAAAUCCUUUUUUGGUAUUUUUGGCAUUUGAAGUAGGACUGAAAAGGUGCACAUUUGCCUUUUCUAGCCUCCCCCUAAAUUCUUUUUUAAAAUUGUCCUCAUCUGGUGGAGAGCAUCAAGUGAACGGUCACCAUGUGGGAGCUCCGGUCCAUGAAUUUUUGGCGAGCAGUCUUUGCAGAGUUCUUUGGGACAAUGUUCUUUGUAUUUUUUGGCAUGGGUGCUGCCCUGCGCUGGACCACUGGGCCUCAUCAAGUCCUUCAUGUGGCCCUGGGCUUUGGGCUGGCAGCUGCCACCCUCAUCCAGUCCAUUGGCCACAUCAGCGGCGGCCACAUCAACCCUGCUGUCACCUUUGCCUAUCUUGUUGGCUCACAAAUAUCUCUCUUCCGUGCUGUUUUCUACAUGGCUGCCCAAUGCCUGGGUGCUAUAACUGGGGCUGCUGUAUUGUACGGAAUCACACCUGGCAACAUGAGAGGCAACAUGGCAAUGAAUGUGCUACAGCCUGGUAUCAGCCUGGGAAUGGCCACUACUGUGGAGAUUUUCCUCACCUUGCAACUUGUAGUAUGCAUUUUCGCUGUGACCGAUGAGAGGAGAAAUGGGCGCCUGGGAUCUGCCGCCCUCUUCAUUGGCUUCUCUGUCAUCAUUGGGCAGCUCAUGGGGAUGCACUACACUGGUGCUGGAAUGAACCCUGCUCGGUCCUUUGCUCCUGCUGUGCUCUCCAGGAACUUCAUCAACCACUGGGUGUACUGGGUUGGGCCUAUGAUAGGAGGUGCCAUGGGCGCCCUGCUGUAUGAUUUCAUGCUGUUGCCACGCAUGAGGGGUCUGUCUGAGCGCCUGGCAACACUGAAGGGUAGUCGGCCCCCUGGCAGCGAGAUCCAGCAGGACACUCGUGGGGAGCCCAUUGAACUCAAGACACAAGCCCUAUAAACCUGCCCCUGUCUCCUUCUCUGACUGAGGCUGAAGAAUGAGGGGCAAGGCCCUGAGCUACAGCAACCUCACCUCCACUGCCCCCACAUCCAUGCCUUCACACUACAUCGCACAAAACUAACCGAGAUACUCACAUCUAGACUAACAUGUCAUUCUCCCAGUGUAAAAACCAACAUACAUACAGGUUCACAACCUUUAACCUCAACACACAACAGGACUCCUCUGUCCCCACUGCACACUCUCUGCUCUGAACUUGUCACAGUGUCUUUGAUAAAUGGUUACUACCUGAACCAGCACCUGCCUCGUCUCACCCUGCCCACCUACUUCCUCCUCCCAGCCAGGCCUUCAUCUGCAAUGCAAAGGAGCCUGAACACCCUGAAAUGAAACAAAGGUUUGGGAAGACAGUUGUCAGAAAGAUUGGGAGGCCAAGGGCAGGAUGAGGAUGGAGCUAUGGAUGUAGGUAUGAUAUGAAACGGGUAAGAGGGCAUGGGCCAGGUAAGGCUGGAGUAGAGGGGUGGGGAAUGGGAUCUUUGUAAGGUAGAGAGGGCAACACUGUGGGUGUGUGGUCAUUUCAAGUUGGGUUAUACCAGUGAAGAUGGGCAUGCUUGUCAACAUUCAUCUGAAUGAAUGUCCAUUUUAGUUUGUUUAAGUUUCUGCAUAUUUAGUCAGGCUUUAUUCUAAGUCACAGAUGUAUGAAACCUUUAGAUUGUACCAAGAUUUCACAAAACAUCUGUAGUCACUACAGUCCAGUGUGUGUGGAUACCUCUGCAGUACAUGUGUGGUGUGUGUACACGUGUGCACGAGCAAGGGAGCCCAUGUAUGUGUGUGCCUGCUCUUAUGUAUGAGUGUGUUUGAAAGUGAGUGUGUGCAUGUGUGAUCACAGUACUUCUUAUUUUGUUUUAUCUUCAUGACCACUCUCCUGUUUCUUACCAUUAACUGUGUUAAUUUUCUCAUCACAAUUAGUUCUCCUCCUCCCACACUGGUAUUUGCUAUGAUGCAUUUUUACAUAAACCAUCUGCUUUUUUGUUCUGAAACAGCACAAUCCAGGGCAAAUGUCAUCUCUCCGACUUUGAUAGUAGGGCUGUUCACUGCAGAUUGACUGUGAAAGCUAUACAUUCAGUCUCCAUUUGUUUGAUCCUUACUUGGAGAGUAUGCUAAUUAGCAUAAGAAUCUGACACAGGGUUUGGGUCACUUUUGUUCCUUUAGAUGUAACAUUUUGUGGAGUUUGUGGCUAUGGAGCAGAGAGAGCUGUAAUAACUGAUUUUGGCCAGAAGAUGGCGAAAAGAGAACACGACUGUCAUUGUCUAAGAUUAGAAUUGGUUGAGGGAAACAAAUGAUUUUUGAACUAAAAUGGAUCAUGAAAAAUAAUGCUGUAGUAGGUCACAUUGUUUAAGGUACAUUGGGAAAUGUAGUUCAGGGAGGGGUAGUUGGGGUAAGGACAGGAUCCAUCUCACUAGACUAUUGCUCAUGUUUGAUAAGAAACAUGCUUAAAAUGGACAGUCAUUUAUCUUCCACUGUCGUCUGUUCUGGUGCAUCAUGGCUGACAAGCUACAAUAUGACUCCACCUCCCGAGCCCUGAUAAAAUAAAAACAAUUAAAGGAAUAGUCAGGCUUUAUUCUAUAUUUUGCUUGUGGUGAUGAAAGCCCACAAUUGAUUGAUCAAAACCAACAAUUAAUUGAUUUGUGGCAAAUUCCAAAUAGAUUAUUCUUCUUAUGCAAUAGAGCUCCAUUUUUGGGAAAUAUGUUUAUUUGCUUUGUUGCAAAAGUUGCUUUAGAUGAGAGGAUCAGUACAAGUAAUAUUUGCUUUAGAAUGAAUGUGAAGCUCCAGCCAGUUACCUUAGCUGUGUAAUGAAACUGGGAACUGGGGGAAAACUGCUAACCUGGCUCUUUGCAGAGGUAAUAGUUUCUAUCUUCCAAAUGCCACCUAAAACUAAUUUGUUGCCACAUUAUAUCUCACUUGUUUAAUCCAUACAAAAACCAGAGUGUAAAACUAUCUUUAUGGGGGUUAUGUCAUAAAAAUGACUCUGACAUAAAAUGGCCCCCAUAAAGUCACAACUUGCAGUUUCUACACAAAGGUACAGAUAAAACAAACAAGUUGUAAUUAAUAACAUGUUAAUUACUGGACUAACUGGCUGCUGGCUGUGGUUUUAUAUUUACUUAAUAGUCAUGAAACAUGGUGUUGACUCAUUUAAUGGACACCUCAACAUAUUCACCAAGCUAUCAGUGAAAAGUUAAGUGACAAGUAAAUGUCUGACACUCAGAAAACACUAGCAUGUCUUUAUUCUUUUUUUUUAAAAGAAAUAUUCUUUUUAUUUUGCAUAUUAGUUUGAAAAGUUAUGUUUGGCUUGCUUUAUGACCAAGGUGGUGCCACCGCACUAAGAGACUAUGCUAUCAUCACUGUAGCCUCUGUCUGUAUAUUGUGCAGCUGGGAAAACAAAGAAACAACUCUGAGCAGUACAAUGGGCUGGAAAAGGAGCUCGGUCCUGACACUGCUGUAUACUGCAUCGCUCUAUUUCUCUCUCAUUCACUCACACAGGAACAGACACCAAACACACUCUCACACAUUCAGCAACAACAUAUAUACUGUACCUCUUGCCACCUACAUCCAAACACAUUUACUUGAUAUGCGUUGACAACUAUAUAAUUUAAAUAUCAUAGACCCAAAAGUCAGAAUCUGUUGUUCCAGAAGUUACAGGUCAAAAACAUCCUAAUAAACAAAACUGGAAUUUUAAGUAUUAACAAAAUCUUUCUCUGAGUAAUGUUCUAGCAGUAGCAAUAUAAAAACAAUAUACCGGUGUUGUCUACCUUUUUCAUGCUGAUACUUCAUCAUCAUAAUUGCAUAUUCUGUUAAACAUAUCACCGUGUAAUAAUCUGCCAGCGGUAGAUAAAAGAAACAGAGCUGAGUACAAUAAACAUUUUGUUCAUUUGAAAAAAGAAACUAAUAAAAAGGAUAAACUGAACCAGGUAAGGAGAGAAAUUCUAUAAGGUAACCUUGACGAGGAGAUAAUCAGACCUGUGUUUCUGAAAUAGUAACUGGCUCCCAGCUUGGCUAAUAUCCAGCAUUUAGCUCAGUACCUUUGGUGAAACUGCAGCUGCAGCAUCAUGUCAUAGAGACAUAUUUCUCAUUGUCUUGACCCAUGCACUCUGCAGAAGUGAGCCUGUCUCCCACCUCUGCACUGAGGGUUAACAAAGACAGAGACCCAACCAGAGGAGUCCCUGACCACUUAGGAAAAACAUUCAAAUCGUAUGUUGAUGACAAAGCAAUAAAACAUUUAUUACAACAUUAAUAUAUAUAAAAAAAAAAACAGAAAUGAAAGUGCUUUCUAAAAGCCCUUUUGAUUACAUCACACUUUCUUCCUGGUUAUCCAGUCUCAUCCCAAUGAUGCAACAGGUCAACAGUCACACUGUUGGGUUCAGUAGCUCCAGUUCCGAUCUGAGCUGCUCACUGCAUGCGAUCAGGCUGGUGCAGAGGGUAGUGGAGAAAGGUCUGCGGAGCAGCAGACACAGUGGUGAGCGCAGCCAGAGGAGUAUGGACAGCGGCCGGAGGGGGCGGGGAUG